CAGCUCGACACCUGACCGCCGUCCUGCUAAACGCUUUCUAAAAUGUAGUGGACAAUCCGACAACAACUUUAAACUGAGCUCAAACUUUUUCUGGGACUGUCGAAGCAUGCUGCAGAGAGGAAAAUGCUCUUUUGUCUACUUUACGGCUGCAGCAGCUCUUCUCUCUCUGCUUGCUCCAUGGAGAUCUAUGGGCUGAACAUUACCAUAUAUAGCCCGGCCACAGACCUCCCUCGCCGGUGAAAUGUAAACGGUGAGUCGCUCUGGAGGACAAGCAAUAACAAAAAACACACAAGUAGAGAAGAGAGAGAGAGAGAUAUAGAGGGGGGAAAACAUCCAAGCUUCAACCAUGUCAUCUGAUCAGAUUAUUGCAAUCGUCAUUGAUGAUAAAAUCUUCGAGGUGAAUAAAAAGAAGCUGAUAGAGAAGAGCGACUAUUUCCGUGCACUGUAUAGCUCUGGCAUGCGUGAGUCCACGGAGGAUUGCGUGCAGCUGCAAGGACUCAGCGUCCCCGGUUUGGAGCUUGUCCUGGAGUUCAUCAACACCUCCAAAGUGCAGGUUGUCAACGAGACACUUGAAGAUCUGAUUGAGACCGCCUCCUUCUUGCAGGUCACCUCCAUCCUGAAGCUGCUCACCUCAGAGAUCCGGUUGGAUAACUGCGUGGAGUUGUUCAGCCUCUCUGAAGUGUACGGCACUCACGAUCUGCGCAAUGCAUGCCUCAAGUACAUGACCUGCUACUAUCACCCCAUGCUGAGGAGGCCAGAGUUCAGCAGCCUGCCCUCUGCUGUCAGAGAGCAGGUGAAAGAGAUGAGGAUGAAAGGCACUGCAACCCUGGUGGCCAUUGGAGACUUCACCUGCCUCUCCUUGGAUGUGCCAGAUCAGGAUGAACCUUGGUCCAUGCUGAGGUAUGGAGAGAUGGAGCAGAGAUGGAAGCCACUUGCAAACAACCUGCCUCCGGAUAUGAUCAACGUUAGAGGGUAUGGUUCAGCUGUUCUGGACAACUACCUGUUCAUAGUGGGUGGAUACAGGAUGACCAGCCAGGAGAUCUCUGCGGUCCACUGCUACAACCCCUGCAGGAACGAGUGGAACCAGGUGGCUCCACUCAACCAGAAGAGGUCCAAUUUCAAGCUGCUGGCGGUUCAGGGGAAGCUGUACGCUGUAGGAGGCCAGUGUCUGGGCACGGUGGAGUGUUACAGCCCGGAGCAGGACUGGUGGACCUGUGUGUCCUCCAUGCCCGACCCCCUGGCUGAGUUCUCCGCCUGCGAGUGCCAGGGAAUGAUCUACGUUAUGGGUGGAUAUACUGCAAGAGACAGGAACACAAACCUCCUCCGCUACUGCCCCACCUCUGACACCUGGACCGUGUUUCGAUCCUGUUCAUCGCACAUCCGCAAGCAGCAGAUGCUCUCCGUGGAGGACACCAUCUACCUGGUGGGCGGCUACACCCACGAGCUAGAGCCGGGCCGGCGCCAGCGGCGUCCCAGCCAGACGGAGGACGUGCUGACGGUGCAGUCCUACAACGUCACCACGGGGGAGUGGAUCCAGCUGAAGGAGAACACGUCCAAGUCGGGGCUGAACCUGACUUGCACCCUGCACAACGACGGCAUCUACAUCAUGAGCCGGGACGUCAGCCUGCCCACCAGUCUGGAGCACCGCGUCUUUCUCAAGUACAACAUCUUCUCUGACGCCUGGGAGGCCUUCAGGCGCUUCCCGGCUCUGGGACAGAACAUGCUGCUCUGUUCGCUUUACCUCCCUAACAUGCUAUGAUUUUCAGGGCUUAUGGGAAGAACUUGAGUGGACACUAACAGGGAAAGUGAAGCCCACAUGCAGCAUUAAUAUUGGCCAGUGUGUGGCUUGCUUGUUCUUGCACAGAAUGUGGCUCUGUGGCAUUAUAGUGGGAACAGUGUGCGGUUGCCAGGUUGACAAAGCCUCGUGACCUCUGUGCCUCAGAAAAAAACGCACUACAUUGUACAUACUGCUGUGGAUGCAAAUACAAAAGCUACAUUGACAAGUAUGACACUGAUGAAUUGCCAUGGCCUGUAGAUCAAUAGCAUCAUAACAGCAUGCUUCUAAAUCUAUAGGCCACAGUAUUCCUGAUGUUUACACUCCAUAUUACAUAUUUAUCCUUAAUUCACUGCAAACCUUAAAUUAUCUCUCUUUUAUGUACUGUACAUAGCAGGUAAUCAUGAAAAUGGCUUUGGUUUUACACUGCCAGUUUUAUGGGAAUUGAAAGUUUCUUGGCUCAUGUGUUGUUUGCACAGUCUUAUUUUUUCAGAGAUACACUAAGCUUAAAGCUUAAAGCGCAAUUCCAUGAAAUGAAUGAUGCACAUGUGCCUUCUGCAACCUCAGUUAGGAACUUGAUACAAAACUUUAAAAAAAAAUAAGAAGCACAAAAUGCAAGACUUUGUUACAUUGCCAGCAACUGACCAAAACUGCUGUGUUCUUAGUUUUCUUUCUGUGCAAGAAGCAGAUUUAAGGUACUUUUCUGUUCUUCUAUUGAUUAAUUAGCUUAUGCAGACGUGAAAAAAAUAUGCCUCAAAUAGAAAUGAUUAUUUUGUGAAACUCUUGGGAGUUUUGGGUAUACACAGCACUUAAAGUGUUUGGUGGAUUGAAGCUUCUCUCUGCUUUACUUAUAAAUAUAUAUAUAUAUUUGACACUUUGGAAAAGUAGGUCAUGACAAUAAAGAUGAUGUUU